AUGGCUCCACCUCCGAGGCGCAGCGGUAGACUAAGAACUCUUCCAAUCACAAAACAACUCGACAAACCAAAAGAACCUCCCACCAAGAGGAAACGUAAAUCCAAUCUGAUCAGCGACAGUGACAGUGAUGGUUCGACAUCCCCAGAGCCGACCCCCGGAAAGAAGCGUAAGAAACAUCAUGAAAUUCCAAGCGAUGCAGAAGAGCAGUCUAGCGACGGCAGCGAGUACCGCGGCGAAACCGACGACUUGUCAGAAGCAUCCAGUGAACUAGACGACAUUGUUAGCGAGACGGAAAGCGAGAUACAGGCUAUUCUGGCGAACGGUAGCGAUGGCGAUUGUGAAGAUGAUAGUGGAGGGAGAGCUGAGGGAUCCAAGAAGAAGAAAACGACGAAGGACGGCAAGGGCAAAGAAAAACGGAAGGCAUCAAAGGACGGAAAGGGCAAGGGAAAAAAUGUCGGAAAGGGCAAGGAAAAAAAUGUCGGAAAGGGCAAGAAGAAAUCCAAGCUAUCUCGGGAAGAAAAAGGAAAAGGGAAAGCGACGGCAUCAGAGACGACCAAUGCGGGCCACGGCAACGCCGGGGGAACUGGUGGGAGAGUUACAAACCAUGAUGUGACCUCAAGUAGCAACACCGCAUCAGCUUUCGCGAACGUCUCGCUUGAACAGAUGAAGGAUACCCUGGAGCUGGUCGGGAUCAGGAGCACUAUUGGUAAAACGCAUGCUGAAUUGGCAAGAUUAUGCAUGGCAUUUGCGCCAUUAAUUCAAAAAAGCGGAUCUUCUACCCUGUUUGCGGGGAUUUCAAACUCCGACAAUAGACCUCCGACUUCAGAGCAGAUCCCUCUCUCUAGAAUUCCCGAAAGUUUGCGCGAUGAAGCCUUGAGCCCUCAACGGAUCCCCUCUCCCCUUCCGGGGCCUUCCCACGUAGUCGAUAGAGCUCAAGAGCAGGUUCAUUCCCAGGAUGUCGGCAGUUUGCACGAGGAACGAUCUAGCAGCUCAGGCGAAAGCAGCUCAACCGUGAAGAAUGCUACAGCUCCAUUGCGUGAUACUGAUCACAUCGCCGAGGAAGUCGCAGACCUUAUUUCUUUGGGUACCCCGGACAAGAUGCCUGCAGCUGAUGUGAAUUGGGGCACCAUUCAUCAAGGUCCGCCUCCCCACCGCCCUGGAUCAGAAGGCGAAGCGGUGCACUGUUCUCAUGGUACCUCAGAAAAUCCUGAUAGCCAUGAGCUCCACCGCGAUAUCGAAAUGGCCGCAGCGGAGGGCCCUCACAGCCCGAAUCAUGCUCGCGCAGACCCCUUCGCUACUUUAAUCCGGUCCGUCAAUGACAUUGCCAAAAGGACGGCAGACCUCCAGGAGGAUAUAAACACCGUUCUCAGUAACCAGCGCGAUAUGACAGAAACCCUCCAAGCCAUCUCAGAAAAAGUACAGGAAAGCUACGACAAGGAUACACUCGCGGGAACUGCAGCUCGUAGGAAUAAACCCCAAAAAAGGAGAUCUGACACGUCGGACUCUUCAUUGCCUCCGCGUCAGCGAAAGUUUGGAGAACUGAUCCGACAACAUAUGGAGGCUCUUCUUGCUUGGACGCCUGGCCGCCACGGUAUAUGCCCCCCCUCCCCACCAUCUUCCCCAGAAAGAAACCGCUGGUUCGGUGAAACUUCAAACUCCAAUUCAGAUGACGAAACUAUGUCGGACGAUGAAGGGGGGCCUGCGCACACGCACGCUACAGAGCAGCAGCUGGUGAUCAUGAAAAAUAUGUUGGCCUCAAAGCGAAUGAAGCGGUUCCGUCCGGAUUUGCGCCAGCCAAUUUCAGAUCCAGUCAACGAAUUCUGUUGGCAAAUUGCAACCGAUAUUUUUAUUGAGCUGGUCAAGUGUAAGGAAUACAACGGCCUUCAGCCUGAGGAAGAGACCCCGGAAGCGGUUAUGAAGGCAAUCAAGGGUUAUGCCAAAGACAGAUUAUACCGAUUAUGGCGUGAGAAUAAAACGUGGAGCCCAGAACAUCGAGACGAGCAGAAUAAAAAACAACUUCGCAAUGUCCGAAGACACAAUCUUAAGCAAUCUCGCUUGGAAGCGGCCGCAGAGAUUGGUGGUCUCAAUAAUAUGGUACCCAUAAUUCGCGGAAGUUGUAGCGAUGAUGAAACUGACGAAGAAGCUAUACCCACACCGAUCCUCUCGAAGUAUCGCCAGAAGUAUUGUAAAACGAAGAGAUUGCCCUGGCGAAGUAACGAGUUGGAAAACAUCCUUAUCUUGCUAGACAGGUAUCGAGAGCUCAAAGAAAGUAGCGAAGUCCUUGGACGUAGAGGAUCACCUUCUCGAGUCCGCCGUCGUCCUCGCGAGGGCCAGACUAUCAGUUUAAUCAAACCAGCAAAGGAAGUCCCAAAGGAAUGCUAUGACCCCGUCUGGCUACAGCAGCAAAGUCGCCAAACCAAGGCCGCUUUAAAACUCUCUGAUAGUUUACCAGAAGUUCUCUCAUCCGCUUUGAAGCGCAUUCAAGAGGCAGCACCCGCCUUAUUUAAGUAG